AUGGACUCGAUCAAGUAUGUUUUUGAAAAACCCACAGUGACGGGACGAAUGGCUCGUUGGCAAAUGUUGUUGACUGAAUACGAUAUUACAUAUGUGAUGAGGAAAGCCAUCGAGGGGAGCGCUAUAGCAAAGUAUUUGGCCGAUAGAGCCGUUAAUGAUUACCAACCCAUGGAGUUUGACUUCUUGGAUCAAGAUAUUGAUUCAAUAAAUCAAGAAGUGGAAGAUGAUGUUGGGUGGAUGAUGUUAUUUGACGGGGCGACCAAUGUAUGGGGGCAUGGAAUAGGGGCCGUACUUAUAUCACCAAAGGGUAAAUACUACCCAGUCACAGCCAAACUCACCUUUCCGUAUACCAAUAAUGUAGCUGAGUAUGAAGCAUGCGUAUUGGGCUUACAAGUAGCUAUUGACCGAGGCAUUAAAGAAUUAACCGUAAAAGGAGAUUUAGCUUUGGUAAUUCAUCAGUUGACUGGAGAGUGGGAAACCCGAGAUUCCAAGUUAAUACCGUAUCAGGAGUACAUUCAGGAAUGA